AGAAGAAGGAAGCGGUUGUAUUUGUUUUUGUCAGCAGGUGCUAGCAGGAGCGUCAGUAGCGUCAGUAGCUUUAGCUCCCCCCUCCUCCUCCUCCUCUUUAUCUUAAUCAUGUCUGCCACAGAAGACGACACGGAGCUUCGGGACCUUCUCAUCCAGAACCUGGAGAAUAACGGAGUCCUCAACAAGCUCAAGGCAGAGUUGAGGGCAGCGGUGUUCCUGUCCAUGGAGGAGCAGGAUAAAGUUGAGAACAAAAGUCCUCUGAUCAAUGAAAACCUGAGGACGUUUCUCAGCUCUGAAGACGGUCGUCUGGUGGCCAGUCUCAUCGUGGACUUCCUGCAGGUUUUCAACCUGGACUUCACCCUCGCCGUCUUUCAGCCAGAAAUCAACAUGCUAAACGGUCUUGACAGCCGAGAAGUGGUCUGCAGAGAUCUGGGUCUGUCAGAAUCUCAGUUGAAUAGGAACUCUCCUGUAAUGCUGGAGCUCGUCAGGAGGGGGCGACACAAACUGGGCACGAGUCAGGUCAUCCAGGACUCUGGUGAUAGCCACACCCCUGAGGAGAAGGUCACCUCCCCACCCGUCAUUAAGGAUGCUGUGAGGCAGCAGCAGCAGCAGCAGGACGACAGGUCGUCUUCCCCAGGUCUCGGUCUGAAGGAGAAUCUGGACUUGGACCUGGAGGUGGAGGACGACCUCGAGGACGGGGACUCGUUCUUUGACGACCCGCUGCCCAAACCACAGAAGACCUAUGGCUGGAAGGCAGAGUCUUCUGCACUAAGAGAAAGUCCUGCAGGGUCCCAGAGUGAGGCAGCGCCCCCUGGAGGAGGACGCAGCAUGUCAGAGCAGAGCCUCAGCAGGAAUGGAGCGUCAGAGUGCAGACACACAGGAGUCAAAGACCUCAAGUCCCUCAACGACAAAACUGGAUCUCUGUGUUUAGAUGACGACGUUGAAUAUGACGACGAUUUCAACAGUCACCGUUCAGAUUUGUCAAAAACUGACUUCAGUAUCGGUGAAGAGAUCGAGGAAGUCUCCAUCGAGGGACCAGACGGCAGCAACCAGCUGGAGGACAGCACUCAGGACCUCAGUGUCUCUCAGCUCAGUUUCAGUCAAGGAGCUGAUUACAUGGAGGACGUGUCCUGACUGUCUCAGCAUGCACCUGUGUGUCUGUGUAUCUCCAUUGACCUCAGUCUGUCCAUUGUUAGAAAUCUUAUCAAAAAUAAAAUGUUUUUUUUAUACUGA